AUGGCAAUCCCUGACCAUUCUGAAUGUCAAGAGAGGUCACCCCUCUUGAGCUCAAGCCAGUCAUCUGCAGACCAGAAAUUUCCACAAAGACCCAGAUCAGUUCCUGUGGAAAUUCUCCUCUUGUCCUAUUUCGUGGCCUCCAUGACGCUUGUACCUGUGGAACAGUUAUACGUGUUUAGUCGUGUCAAGGACAAGCAUGGCCAGAAUCCAUUGGCUCCAGCAGAUAACUCUUCCAUAAAGUUAAAAAACGAAAGCAAUACUGAUAGAAUAGACAGUCAGAGGUGCGUCUCUCAGUGGACUAAUCUCUCGUCUUUUGACGCCGAAAACGACGUACAGGCGGAAGCAGCCACAUGGAUGCUGGUGCUGACACUCUGCGAAAAUGCAUGUGCCAUGAUCUCUACUUGUCUCCUCGGAGCAUUAAUCGACAUGAAGGGGAGGAAACUCGGUGUUGUUGUCCCGAUGCUAGGCAGUCUCCUUAAAAUUGUGGUCUUCUUGGCUGUGGUGCUGUUUGAACUGCCGAUAGCCUUAUUGAUUUUGGCGGAUGUAUUGGAAGGUGCCUCUGGCUAUUAUGGAACCGUAUUCUGUGCAGUUCUCGCUCAUCUAGCGGACAUAACAACAACAACAAAAGAAAAAGCCACCCGUAUUAACAUUGCCCUGGCCCUGAAUGGCAUCUGCAUUGGACUGACCUAUCUGGGAAUGGGUUUCUUCAUUUCCCACGCAGGCUUUGUGUACCCACUAUUAUUCAGUCUUGUGAUUCUCCUUAUGUCACUCCCAUUAGCGAUUUUCCUUUUCCCAGAAACCCUGUCUGGGAAGCGUGAAGAACAAACUAAGUCUCGGUCUCUGAACCUGAUUCAUUUCUUGUCCGCAUUCCUUUUGUACCACAAGAAGCAUCCUGCAGGACGCCAGUGGAAGUUGCUGGCACUUGCCGCUUCUUUCUUCAGCUUCAAUCUGGUCAUCACAGGGCGGGGUAAUGUCCAGUCCUUGUACCAGCUGGCAUCGCCUCUGUGCUGGUCAGCGGUGGACAUUGGCUACUUUGGAGCUGCUCAGACAAUGGGUCAGCAGCUGGUCACCUUGGUCCUGUUUCCUGCACUGAGGAGAAGAUUGUCCGAGCUCCCGAUUGCCGUUUUUGGUACGCUCUCUGGAAUAGCAGCCUGUCUACUACAAGCCUUUGCUACCACUGAUCUGCUGAUGUAUACAGGUGAGCUAACUUUCUGUCUGCUACAAGCCUUUUGCUACCACCGCCCUGCUGAUGUAUACAGUUACGGUGGUUGGAGCUUUUCAAAUGUUUGUGCGCCAACAGUGAAAACAGCCAUGUCAUCACUUGUCGGGCCACAUGAACAAGGUGCCAUGUUUGCCAGCCUCGGUAUCAUCCAGAUGGUGUGCAGCUGCGUGGCACAGGUUGUCUUCAACUCCAUCUAUGUCGCCAGCCUCUCUGUCUUCCCGGGCACAGUCUUCCUUACCAUGGCUGCAUUACUUCUCACCACUUUUUUCUUAUUAUUGUUGACGUAUAUUGGUACAAAAGGACCAGGUACUUAUCUGUAUAAAGCACAAACUGGGGAUGAAGUAAGACAACCGACCCUGUCUGAGUAG